AUGGCUAAGGCGCCCGAGACGAGCUAUGGGGUUGACCGCAUCGAAACAGCUCUUGGAUACGAAGAAGAGGGCACCGAUUUGUCGAAACAGGCCGAUGAAAGCAAUUUUGAAGUUUUUAGGAGAGAAGAAGGCGCUGUUGAUUUUCGGACCUGGUUUACUCUUGUGGCUACUGUAAUCGUGGCGGCACUUGCGAGUGUCAGAAAAUUUGAGAAGAUGGCCUGGCUUGCCUGGUUGGGAUUUGGCUCCGCCUUUGUUGCUGUUCUGAUAGUGGUUAUUGGUGUUACAAGGCUUGAUCGCCCAGCAGCCGCUCCACAAACCGGCGACUUUGACUUGGGAUUUCAUGCAAUUGGCCCCCCUACUUUUGUUGCGGGCGUCACGGCAGCAGCGACAAUAUUCUGCUCCAGCGCCGCGACAUCUGCUUUCCUCCCAGUUAUCUCUGAGAUGCAGAAGCCGAAAGACUAUCCAAAGGCUGUCUACCUCUCCAUGACCAUUGUCACCACUUCUUACCUUGCUUUCUCUCUUGUCAUGUACCGGUGGUGUGGACAGUGGAUUGCCUCCCCAUCGCUCGGCAGUGCUGGGCCCGUCAUCAAGAAGGUGGCUUACGGCGUAGGAAUCAUUGGGCUCUGUGUCAGCGCCUGCCUAUAUGUUCACAUUGGUUCCAAAUAUCUCUUCGGUGUUUAUGUUUUGCGCCUUUGGCAAUAUCUUUACCAGCCUACCUGUGGUUACACGACCAUCGCGAUUGGAGAGUAG